UACUACGAUAUCUUAUAGCUUUAUCGGCUAACUUUUGAAAGCUGAGAUCGUUAAAAAUUGGACCAUACUGCCUUAAAACAAACGGCUGUUUUCCCAUCAAGGGUCUUUUCUUCAGGAUGGAAAAUGGAAUUGCAUCCACUAAAGGAGAGGGCUUCCUCUCCAGAAUGGCACUUAAUGACAACAAGGCCGGUAUGGAGGGUCUUGACAGGGACAAGAUUAACAAGAUCAUCAUGGAGUCAUCGAAGGGAUCAAGGUUUUACGAGAAUGAGCUGAAGAGAGAGCAGCAGGUGAACCAGCGCAUUGAGAAAAUGAUGCUACAAAAGGCACAGAUCACAGAGCAGCAGUUAAAGAAAGCACAAGCUCAGGUGGAGAAGGUCGCCUCAGCGCUGGAGAGGAGUCGUGAUCUAAGCCGUGUGAUUGUGCAUGUGGACAUGGAUGCUUUCUACGCUGCUGUGGAGAUGAGAGACUGUCCUGAGCUGAAGGACAAGCCCAUGGCUGUAGGAUCCAUGAGCAUGCUGUCAACAUCUAACUACCAUGCCAGGAAGUACGGGGUCCGAGCCGCCAUGCCUGGGUUCAUUGCAAAGAAACUCUGCCCCAACUUAGUCAUCGUUCCAACUAACUUUGAUAAAUACAGAGCUGUGAGUGAUGAGAUCCGGGAAAUUUUUGCAGACUAUGACCCUCACUUCCAGCCAUUGAGCCUGGAUGAAGCCUAUCUGGAUUUUACAGACCACCUGGACUACAGGCAGAGCUGGCCGGAGUCCUCUCGUACACAUCACUUCCGCGCCAGCAGCACCGCUACAGGUGAAGAGCAGAGUGAACUUCCCCAGGAGGCACUGCCAGAGGUGAAAGACCUGUCUCCUGUCCUGUUUGAGGACAGCCCGAGCACCUCUCCCUGCUUGCUGGGCUCUGGUGGUGGUGGUGGUGCAUUCGAGGUGUUUGGGACGUCUGUGGAGGAGGCUGUGAGAGAGAUGCGCUUCCGCAUUGAGCAGAAGACCAUGCUGACUGCCAGUGCAGGAAUUGCUCCAAACAUGAUGCUUGCCAAGGUGUGCAGUGACAAGAACAAGCCCAACGGCCAGUACAGACUCCCCUCCACCAGAGAGGCAGUCAUGGACUUCGUCCAUAAUCUUCCAGUUCGCAAAGUUUCUGGCAUUGGGAAAGUGAGUGAGAAGAUGCUCAAUGCUUUGGGAAUCAGUAGCUGUUCUCACCUUGGCCAGCAGAUGGCACUGCUGUCACUGUUGUUCUCAGAGACAGCCUGGCAUCAUUUCAUGGAGGUUUCCCUGGGUCUGAGCUCCACAUAUAUACCGAGGCAUGAGGACAGAAAAAGCAUGAGCACGGAAAGGACAUUUAAAGAACUGAGCAAAGCUGAGGAACAGUUUUCUUUAUGCAGGGAGCUCUGUGAAGAUUUAGCAGAAGACAUGAAGAAAGAAGAUCUGAAGGGUAAAACCGUAACACUGAAGCUUAAGAACGUGAACUUUGAGGUGAAAACCAGGGCGCUGACGCUGCUGUGUGCUGUUGCUACAGUGGAUGAGAUCUUUGCUGUUGCUAAGGACCUACUGAAAACGGAAAUAGAAAAUGAAAGCCCCCAGCCACUCAGACUGAGGCUCAUGGGUGUUCGGAUUUCUGCUUUUGUCAGUUCGGAUGAUAAAAAGCCCCUGCAGAGGAGCAUCAUUGGCUUUCUUCAGCCAGGAAAGACAGACUCCAGUGGCUCUAUCCAAGGAAUGCACCAAAACCCUGAGAAAGAGCGUCUCACCAAUCACUCCCUCCAAACCUGGGCCCUUACUUGUCCUCCCCCAGUCCAGAAGUGCCAGAAACAAGAGGAAGUUCCCUGGCGGAGCAAGCAGAAGGGGUUAGAGGGAGGUCAGACUGGUGAGGAACCCCAACAGUCUUUCUUCCAAAGGGCCCAUGCCAAAAGAUUGCAACUCCAGGCAGCGAGGUCAAGCACACAAGAGGAAGGACACGGGGAGAAUGUUUCUGUCAUUAAUUCCAUAGAUUCUGAUGCUCAAAAGGGUGUAGAGUCAUCAUCAAAAGCGCACAAGAGUACAGCCUCAGAUCUCCCAGAAAACGACUUUGUUGAGGCCCAGGCAUCCACAUCAGGCUGUGGUGGCACAGCGUCAGAGAGCCUCACCUGUCCCGUGUGUUUCAAGCAGGUGGAGACGACUGAUUUGAAUGUCUUCAACAGACAUAUAGACCAGUGUCUCAGCGAAUCUUCACGAAAACCAAAUCGAAGCACAGAUUCGGACUCAGAGUCAGAUUUGGACUUAGACAUUGUUCGUAACGGUUGUAAGGUGCUGGAAGAAUGGAGGGAGGAGUGUGAGGUUAAUGAGGAGAAGAACAGUGAAGAGUUGGAGUCGAACAGAGUCGAUCCUCAGUGGCAACACGGCUUGAAAAACGAUCCCACUCAAACGGUUUUGUUGAUCAAUGGUGACAAGGAAACCGUGACCUCGCAACAGCCUCAGUCAUGUAAUGAUAAAGGCCCUGUCUUCAUCUGCCCAGUGUGUCAGCUGACCCAGGACACUGAUGACCUCACUGUCUUCAACCACCACGUUGACCUCUGCCUGAACCAGGAGGUCCUACAUGAGCUGGGGGGACAGACAUCAUCUCGCAUAAAUACACCUCCAGUUACAAAUAGCAAGGCCAUAGAUAGAGGCCAUCUGCUGCCAAAGCAAACAAGUAAAGGCAAAAGCAAAAGAAAGGACCCGCCUUCCUCUCCUCCUUCGAAGAGAGCUAAAGGCUUCGGUCCUCACAACACUAUUGACAGGUUCUUCAGGUGACGGUCAUGCACACAUCCUCAUCUGGAGGAUCUUGGAAAGCGUUCUACAGAAAAUGAAAUCCAGCUGUCCCCCGUCUCACUGAGCAGGUUUCGGUCAUGCUGUGGACUCUCCAUAAACUCAAACUGUCUUCACAAUCGUCGCAUUCAAAGCCAUAUUCAAUUUUUCUCCUCAAUAAGCUGUAGUUGUAAUUAAGCUGCUGAUAUAAGAAAGUAAUAAUUUGCACUAAUUACUGCAGUGCAGUGCAAUUACUGUGUGUAUGUGUUUUCAAUAUGCCAUGCACAAAAUGACAAAGAUGACGAACACAAAUUUUUUGUUUUAAGUCUGACAGAUUAAUAGACCUUGUUGUCUGUCAAUGCCAGUUUCAUGUAAAUUUUUUGUUUCUCACUGAAGAUAAGCCUAAGGUUUUUAUUAUAAUGUAUGAUAAAUGGAACAUUAGGAUAUUUAUUAAAAUCUAGCUUCCAGUGUUAUUUAUAAUUUAUCUUCUAAGUUAUUUUAUUCAGACAUUUCCUGUA